ACGUGUACAAAUGACUUCAUAGAUCUUUGAUCUUUUUUUUCUUCUUCUUCUUUUUUGGUAAUAUUCUUUAGUUUUAUUUGAUCUAUUGUCGUUGUAAUGAUCUUUGAUUACAAAGGAAAAAAAAAACUAAGACCCUUGACGAAAAUAAUAACCGUAUUCGUAAUCUCUGAUAUCCUACAUUAUGUACUAUUUCUGAUUUUUGUUUCUUAUACGCACUUUUGUUCUAGAUAUAACUAAGAAAAUGUCAAAGAGACCAUAUUGUAUCGGAGAAGGACUGAAGAAAGGAGCAUGGACUACAGAAGAGGAUAAAAAACUCAUCUCUUAUAUCCACGACCACGGUGAAGGAGGCUGGCGUGACAUUCCAGAAAAAGCUGGGCUGAAACGGUGUGGAAAGAGUUGUAGAUUACGGUGGACUAACUAUUUGAAACCAGAUAUCAAGAGAGGAGAGUUUAGCUAUGAGGAAGAGCAGAUUAUCAUCAUGCUUCAUGCAUCUCGUGGCAAUAAGUGGUCUGUCAUAGCUAGACAUUUGCCAAAAAGAACGGAUAACGAGGUCAAAAACUAUUGGAACACACAUCUCAAGAAACGUUUAAUCGAUGAUGGCAUUGAUCCCGUGACACACAAGCCACUAGCUUCUUCUAACCCUAAUCCAGUUGAGCCCAUGAAGUUCGAUUUCCAAAAGAAAUCCAAUCAGGAUGAGCACUCUUCACAGUCUAGUUCUACAACUCCAGCAUCUCUUCCCCUUUCCUCGAAUUUGAACAGUGUUAAAUCCAAAAUUAGCAGUGGUGAGACGCAGAUAGAAAGUGGUCACGUGAGCUGCAAGAAACGUUUUGGACGAUCGAGCUCUACAUCAAGGUUGUUAAACAAAGUUGCAGCUAGAGCUUCUUCCAUCGGCAACAUCUUAUCAACAUCCAUAGAAGGAACCUUGAGAUCUCCUGCAUCAUCUUCAGGACUCCCAGACUCGUUCUCUCAAUCAUAUGAGUACAUGAUCGAUAACAAAGAAGAUCUCGGUACGAGCAUUGAUCUCAACAUCCCCGAGUAUGAUUUCCCACAGUUUCUUGAGCAACUCAUUAACGAUGACGACGAAAAUGAGAACAUUGUUGGGCCCGAACAAGAUCUCCUUAUGUCCGAUUUCCCAUCAACAUUCGUUGAUGAAGACGAUAUACUUGGAGACAUAACCAGUUGGUCAACUUAUCUUCUUGACCAUCCCAAUUUUAUGUAUGAAUCGGAUCAAGAUUCCGACGAGAAGAACUUCUUAUGAUCUGUCUAUAGAUGGCUUGUCAAUUUCCCAAUGUUGACAUGCCCAAGAUUAUGAUUAGGCUUUUCUCUUAGAUAAAUUUCAAGUUGUUUGAAACAAAUAAUCCCGUGGAUCGAUUAGUUUUUGAUUUGCCGGAGUUUUUAUAUUUUUGUAACUCUUUUGUAAUAUAAUUUUAAAUAGCUUUACAUAUAUACAUUAUAUAUGACAAAUAAGAAUCUAAGCGAAAACGUUU